UAUCUCCAGAAAGGACUCAGAAUCCACUGGCAUAUAAAACUCUACUUUGUACUCGCCGGUACUUAUUCCCCAGGUCUCCUCCUGUAUGUACAACUUCUUACGAAGAAGACAGCUACUCAACUACAUCCGGUGAAAGCAGUGAGGCCCCAUUGAUCUCAGCUGUCAAUCAAGAAAUGAAGAAGACUGUCAGGAGAGCUCCCAAGCAGGCCUGGAACAGUCCAUUUUUGGAAAGUCAAAUGACCAAAAAACCAACUCGACCACACUCAGCAGAUCCUGUGCACCUGGAGGCUACAGGCAAGCACAUUGAUAUACAAGCCAGACUUCCAAACCGGUCCUCCAGCAUCUCAGAUAAAUACCCUAUCCUAUAUGGUCCCUCGGGGAGACCUUUUACUGCCAUAGGCCUCUGCAGAGGAAGCCAGACGCCCUCACCCCGGAAUAGAGCCUCUCGCAGUUUCUCAGAACACGAUCUAGAACACAGGAUGGUUACCAAACAAGAUACUCUGAAAAACCCAGAUUUCUCAAAUGGGCAUCUAGGCACGCCCGGAAAUCCCACCAGAAGAUGCACAGUUACCAUGACUCCGGAGAUGCUCCCCAAGCAUCCUCAUUUUCCUGGGGAAAAGGGGCCCAGGACAGACACCUCCCUUCAGGGCAAUCUGGCAGGAGCGCCCAUUCCUCGGCUUGCCCCCGCUUCCACACAUCUCUCCUCAGAGAGGUUAAUAAAAGUUUGCCCUUCUCCCCACUCCCGCCCACCACGGCGUUUCCAUAAGGCUUGUUCACAGGCCCCUCCUUGGCCAGGGGUGAAUGCUCACUUGCAUUGA